UAAAAAAUUUUUACAGUUGAGGGGAAAAAAGUAAUCACAUGUUCGGUACUCAAAGUCUGUAUUAAUUGUUUCUGUUACAGUUUUUUGCAAUUAGCGGCACUGAACAGGCGCAGAGAAGUAACCAACCAAAUUUAGGUAUCAGCUGUUAGAGUCUCCCUUUUUUCUCACGUUGGCUUCAUUUUUAUCUAAGCUUACAUUGUACCCCUAUUUCAUUGUAUAAGUCGUAUCAAAGUUGAUAAUACGAAGAUAUUUCACAAAAACUAUUGAAUAUGACUUAUAAUAUUUUUACUAACUGUACACACCUACAAAGAUUGUUAUUAAUAUGUAUUGCCUUUAUCGAUUGACCUAAAAGUAAAAUCACAGUUUAGCUAUAAAUUUGUAGCAUGAAAUAUUUGAUUAUAUUUCGUCAUUUGUCAGCGUGCAAUUACUUUCAAAGCAAUUCUAUGAGAAUUUAUAAUUACAAGUUGUCGGUAUUUGCCCUGUGGCAUUUAUACACUCAGGUGUAAAUCAAUCGAGAGAUAAACUUAUCAGCGAAACGUGUAUCGCAUGUUUUACUUCCAACGAAAGAAUCUUUGCUCUUUCCGUGCUUUUCGAUCAUCACGCGCCGUUACGUGAUGCAAAAAGGAGAAAACAGGAAAUCUCGGUGGAGAGAAAAAGCUCAAGCCGAGUCCCUUAAGACCAAAGCCGUACGUCUUUUGUGCGUUUCACUUCUAACGAUUUGGGGCAUCGAUUUUUCUUUCAAUUCCAUCGUGCAAAUUGUACAUUAAAAAGCUGGAAGAAGGAGACGCAAUGCAUGUCCAUUAUACUUUAAAGAACAAAAAGGUUGGUAUGCUUUGGUGUUUCGCAAGGCUCCCCGCUUUUUCACGGUGAUGUUACGAACACCCAUUAUUCAAGCCUCCUUUCGUAAGACCGUCUCGGCAUUCUGUGAAAAAUGUGCAACGACGUUUCGUAAAUAAACGAAAGGUAUCCUAAGCUCGCCUUUAUACCGUAGCGCGCGAAAUUUCCGAGAUUAGCCAAAAUCUUAUUUCGUCGAGAUUUUCCAAAGUGAGCACUCUAUUCCUCGAGAAUUCUCUGCAAGACGUUCUUCCUUCAACCAUCAAAUUCUGCUAUAAAUUGAAAUAUAUUGCUGAAGUUUCUUCCAUCCGUUACAUCAAUUUUGAUGUCAAAUUUAUAACUUUAAAUCUUUCUGAACUGUGUGAGGUUGCUGGCACAAAAAAGAAUAGUUGUUGCCUUCGAUACGUAAAGCAGUGGGAAUUCUUCGCGUGUCCGAGAUUUUUCGAUCAUUGUCUUUCAAUCGCCAGUUCCCUUUUCCGCUGCAACGAGUGAGAGAACCUAGGAUAUCACCAUUAUUUGGUAUUGGCUGCAAUUCUUCCGUGAAAGCAUACAAUCUGUAUGCAUACAAUGUGUACAUAGCAGUAUGAUCAAGUACCCCCAUGCCGACAGCGACAAGGUCCAUACUACCAAAUGGUCUGUAUCCCCAUCUGUACGCCUACAAAUCAGUUCCAAGUUGCUCCUUCAUGCCUGUCGUAAGUUCAACUUACAUACAGUAGAUUCUCGUUAUAUUGCCGUGAACCGUAUAUUCAAAUUUCCGAAUAUAGCAAGUCUGGAAGAUGUGAAAUUCCAAAAUCUAGAGAUACGAAAAUUCGUAUGCGAGGCAUGUCCGAAGAAACUUAGGGAAAGAAGUCGUGUAGCAGCGUUUUCGCAUAGCGCGCGAAACACCCUGUAUAACUGAGAGAUGCGUUCGACGCGGAGAGAAAAACAGCAGAGCCGAUAUGGUGGGGAUUAUUCCCCUGUGGCUCUAUGUAUCGAGAAAGUAGGGAUGAUAGUCGAAUGAGUUUCGCGAGCCGGCACUUGGUCCUGUUUGGUCUAUGGUAUUAACGGAUCACGUAAAGUUGAAUAUCCUCGGAAAGUGGAUAAUCCAAUGACGAAAAUACGGAAGAAAAUGAGCUCGAUCUCUUGAUUAAACCUUAUCGGUGAAUGUCGAUCGAAGGGAUCGAAGGGAAGGGGUUGAAGAUUUGAAAACCGCACGAAAGUGUAACUUUAUGCGUUGCAUGAAAUUUGUUACGGUGGCGUGUUAAAGCACGACACGUGUAGGACAAUGACGGCGAUCGGCCAGCAUGGAAUUCGAUUCUUGACUAGAGAUGCUGCACGCUCGCCGGGUGUAGAAGUGUGCGUGGCUGUAACAGAACUAAAGGGAUACGCUUGCGCCGGACGAUGUCUACCCCAUCUUCCCGUUGACUUCAGGUGAGGGAAAGCGGGGCGUGUGCAAGGACAGAUGGCAGGGCGUCUCUCCCGGGCCGUGUCGCAUGCACUGUCAGUUUCGCUCGGAUAUUCGUACACGAGUUUUAUCGUGCUGUUGUACGAGCAUCGUGCUCGUCACGGACGAAAUUCGAUUCUACCUUUUCUUUCGUUGCACGUAACCUCGAACCGUUUCUAUUCGGAUCGCUGGCGAAUAUUUAGUUUCGUUCUUUGAAAUUGCUUGAUCAAGGAAAUCGAGUCACCGUCGCACCGAAAUCGUCGAGACGAUCCGAUUUGCAUAAUAGAAUACAUCGGGGAAAGGAAACGAGACACGAUCGAGUAUAUCCUUUGCCCGUCGCUUUCACGGAAUGCUGGCUCGAGAAAAAAGACGUUCUUGCACGCUGACGGAUCAUCCAACGACCGUAUAAAAGGGCAUGUUAUAGCGGGAAGACGAGAAUAGGUGUAUCGAGGAGAACGAGAGACUAUGAGGAAGAAGUAUCGAGGACGAUUUCAAUGCAUACCGACGCGUAAAUCGCCGAUGGUAAAGACAUAAUGGCGACAUCGAGUGAAAAACCGAAGGAAAAUCGGAUGCUAUCGAUUCGUCCGAUACUACUUUCUCCCUGAUUUUAAUUCCGCGCCUUUGUCGCGAGAUGCUAUAUAGAACGAUCGUUUCUGGAUUAUUGCGUCACCGUGGGAGGAAAUUAACGCAGCGCAGGAGGGAUAACACCGUAUUAAUUGAUAAGUGAAAAUCGUGACGGAAAUCUUGCACGCGUAACAAUCUUGUUUCAUCGUGGAUAAGCUGAUUUGUGGUUGUACGUCUCUUCGAUACCGCGACGGAUAUAUCGAACAACAUCGUGGAUCGACUAUGAGAGAGAGAAACAAAACAUGAAGGGGUUAUUUUUUACCCUGAGCUUAUUGUUUUCCGUGCAAGGACUUGCCCGGAGCACGUCCGAUCAGGAAAUGUACGAAAAUCGGUCGCUAGAGCCGCUCGACCGUGGACCGUACUUCGACGUGUCAGCAUCUCGAAAUGUCACCGCGUUGGUUGGCAAAACAGCCACCCUAACCUGCCGAAUUCGAAACUUGGGCGAUCGCACGGUGUCCUGGGUGAGGCAUAGGGAUAUUCAUCUUUUGACCGUCGGGGUACAAACUUACACCUCGGACCAACGAUUCGUGGCAUCGCACUUUCCCAGAACCGAAGAUUGGACGCUUCAAGUGAAGUACCCGCAACGACGUGACUCUGGGAUCUACGAAUGCCAAGUGUCAACGACACCACCGAUCGGUCAUUCCAUGCACCUGUCGGUUGUUGAGCCCGUCACAUCGAUCGUUGGCGAACCAGAAAUGUUCAUAAACAAAGGCAGUACCAUGAACCUAACCUGCGUGAUACGUCACAGUCCAGAACCACCAACUGCCAUUUAUUGGACCCACGAUCACGAGGUGAUCAACUACGACAGUCCUAGGGGCGGUGUAUCGGUGAUCACGGAGAAAGGAGAAGUUACAACCUCGUAUCUUCUGGUGCAACGUGCUCAGCCUGCUGAUAGCGGCCACUAUACCUGCCAUCCGAGUAACGCCAACACAAAAACCGUACUGGUACACGUACUUAACGGGGAACAUCCAGCGGCGAUGCAACACGGUGGCCAACUGAGGCUGGCGAAUCUACCCUUCGUAAUGAUCUCAACGACUCUGCUGGCUUUCCUGAAUCAUCGUUAUUGAAAAGCAACCGCCACGGCGAUCACCGGCCGCCUGUUUCGCUGGUAAAUCAUAUUCCUCGAACACGGUUGUCCUGGAAACGCGUUGCACGCGUGAAAAUUUGAUUUUUCCGCGAAUCCUAGCGAGUUACGCGCCGGAUAAUCCAAUAUCCGCGAGUUUAAUUCUCGGUUUUCGACUGAAAACGACGAAAAGCCUUUUUGCAGAGUGCACAAGCCCUUUUACGAUUUUCAGAUUAACUUGCCAGCAGUUUUCACGAAAGUCGGAGGGUAGAAAGGACCUUGGUCAUCGAGGGAUUCGUAGUUAUCGUGAAAGUAUACGAACACCUUUAUGGAAGAAAAGAUACCGGUGAAAGAACGAUAAAGUGAUCUUUGUCGUGUUACCGGUUGAAAGCGUGCAAAAGAAAUGGAGAUCCAUGACUGAAUAAGAAAAAUCGGUGAAGGUGGAGUUCGGACCAUUCUAGGGCACCAUUCAGUGCUGAAUGUAUUGUAACAAAAGUAGUCUGUUGUCUUGAGAUUAAGUAAAAACCCUUGUACAGGGUGUUCCAGAAUUAAAAACCUAUUUAUAAUUUAUUCCAGAUUAUACUUUUAAAUCGAUUAUUGGCUGUUCCUAUUAUAGCUUUAACAGCAUCAAAAUUCAUGAUACCAUCUUUGAAUGAUUAAAGGUCCUACAAUGUAUGCUGUAAAAUUAUUGAUUUCUGGCUUGCAACCGAUAACUUAUACCGCGUAGAAAUUUACUGAAGAAUUAUUAAAUAGUAAGCCACAUUAAACUGUUAAAUUACCCGGACUAUCGAUGAAUACCCUUUUUUUAAACUUUUACUCAUAAUUAACUUUUUAACCGGGUAAUUUCUUCAUCGAGAGAGAAUUAUGUUUGCUGCCUACUUAUUAUUAAAAACUAAUUUACGCACGUAGAUUGGUGUUCAGCAAAUGUAUAUACAGUAUACUUUCUUUCUAAUUAAAAUAUAUAACUACAUUUUAAUGGACAAAGAUUUUUUUAUAAAUGUACUAUUAUAGGUUAAGGGAUGAAUUCAUCUAAAAUUUGAAUUUUUUAUUGUAAUUGGCGCAGCAAAUUUAUCGGGUCAAUUUAUUUCAAAAGGAAAUCGAUUAUUGAAAGACUGUUCCAUCUGUUAACGCUUUCACGCUGCAAGCUUCAUGAAAUGAUUUUCAGAUUGAACCUAAAAUAUUCUAUCAAUGUAGGCUCUGUAAAAUCACUAAUUUUCAAAUUGAAAUUCAUGUGUAAAUUUAUACUGUAAAUAUAAUACUUGAAGCGUAAUCGACUUUGACGAUUAUUGUAUUUAUUUAAUUCUGGAAUACACUGUACCUAGGGGUAAAAACCGCUAUCGAUGGUAAUAAUAGUAAUAGUUCGUUCAAGCGAACCGAUUAACAUCGUGGAAGAGGGAAGCGUGUACGAUUUUAUUUGCUGUGUUACAGUCACAAGACAAUACGCUAUACUUGCCAAAGGAAACGUACGAAUUAUUGUUAAAACAAUGCGAUUAAGAUUUUAAAUUGUUCUGUUAACAUACGAUACGUAACUCUAUAUGGUAUACAUACACAUAUAUAUAUAGGAAGAAAGACUAUGUUAUACUGGCAGGAAUCGCCAGGUAAUUUGUGUUCAGUUGUAAAACGGUGGAACGCGAAAUCGUCUUCGACUACGUUGAACCGAGGGUACGGAUUAGAAGCGUGAAAUAAAGCUGGAUUAUCUUUGAAUUGGAUCUAUAUGCCCGAUAAAUCGUAGCUUCAGACGGAAGUAAAAAGUGUUUCGCGCUAAAAAGGAUAAACACGGAAAAGCGUCGUUAUUCUUUAUUCUUUCUAUUUCUUUCUUUCUAUCUGGCGAGGUGUAAUGACGUCUGAACGAACUAGCGGCUUGUAACUGAGAUUCUAAAACGAUUUUCGGACUAUGUUCUUACUGGACACGCGUGAAAUUACUUGCCAAAUGUAUACGAAUUAUCGUAAUCCAGAAAAUUGAUAAUAAGGGUCAACAGCGUCGAAGCAGCAAAUUAUGAAUUGUACUUAAACGGGUAUCUUCUUGUAAAAUGAACGAUAGUAGAAUUUCUGAUAAGAACAUAGUCCUAAUUUAGUAACCGAUCCUAUCGGCAAUCAGUUAACGCAGUAUGGAAAACGUUAAACUCGAAACUUUGUAAAGAAAGAUCUAUAAUCUGUUAGGAGUGACGUAUGAUGUAAUUCGUAUACUGUAGUAGAGUCUCAUUAUAUGGCCCUCAAAGAAACUGUAGAAAACUGUGUCAAUCUAAUGUGUGGCAAUACUACAUGGCGAUAUAGACAAAAGGAAGCCAUAUAGCGAGACUAACUGUAUUCGGUUUGAAGUUUCACGUUAUCUGUUCUGCAAUACUCCUUGAAAUGGCUAACAAGGUCCACAGUUUUUGGGCAUCUGAGCUCAGGGUAUACUUCCACACCGUUUCCGGUGACGUAGAAUCGCAAUUUAUAAAAGUGUUCAUUAUUAAGCAUUUAUUUCGUCAUGGAUAUACACGUAAAAUGCAGCAUACUUGCAAGGAAACUACCCUAAGUGUCCCCACAAAUUUUAAUAAGCUUUUGCGAAUCGAUCAACAAUUUCAAAUAUAUUUAACUUCCUCGGGAGCUGUAACCUAGCAACUUAUCGAAUUCGAAAGGGACCCUUGAAGUGGUUUCCGUUAUAGCAGAUCAGUUAUUGUUAAAAAUUGUAACAUUUAUCUGCGUUGACCUGUAACAGGUCCUUAUAUAAGUCUGCUGCGCACUAAUUUUCAUCUAUUUUUAAGUGAAACCCAAAUUUAAAAGAUAGAAACAUACUGAGAAACGAAGAAUGUUGAAUGAGUGGACCUAGCUCGGAAAAUUAAUUCUAUAAUUGGACCAGAAUUAACGACUGUUGUAUUUUAUUUAGAUAAGUUUUCAACUGAUACGCGUCUAUUACGUACGUUGUUAUAACAAGAAAAAGACAGGUUUCUCUUCAUAAUCGUCAUGCGUGAUUAUUGUGUGAAUGUGAGCAUAUAAGAAGUGACAAAAAAAAUAAAAGGACGAAUGGUAAAGCAAAUGAGAAAUAUUUCAAUAAUCGAAUUAAGGGAAAUUAAUUCUAUAAUGGUUACAUAUGUUUAAAGAUUAAUUGCAAAA